UGGAGAAGCGUACUUCUAGUUUACGCCAUCAACACGGUGGUGGAGUCUGUGUAGUACCAGUUUACGCCUCCUGCUCCGCCUCCGAUCCAACCGCAUCCCUCCCAGAUCUCCGACUUCUUUCCUCCUCCGACGAUCUUCUUCUUCUUCUUCUUCCUUCAUCCAAGACAACAAGACAAAGAGAAAGGCAAGCGAUGGAGCUGGAGGCGCCGUCACCGGCGAGGUACCUGGUCGGCGCCGCCAUCAUGAUGGCCGGCGUUGUCCUCCCGCUCGCCUACAUGAUCUUCCGCAGCAAGCGCUCUUCCUCCUCCUCCACCGCCGUCGCCGCUUCCUCCGCUCCAUCCUCCUCCUUCUCCAAGCAGACGUAGGACCAAGGGCCUCAUCUGAUCUCACCAACUCCUUCUGCUGCUGCAACAUCAUCUUCUUUUCAAUUUUUGUCAAGCAACUUUGCCUUCAGCUGCUGCUGCUGCUGCCAUUCGAUCCAUGUACUACUACUACUAGAUGCAACCAUUAAUCAGUCAUCUGUGUUUGCUCUGCUCCUGUCAUGCCAUGAGUAAAAAAAAAACAACAUAUGAGAUAGUACUAUUAUAGUUGCGCA